AUGGCUAAUAAAACGUGUCCCGUGCGGUGGCUCGCGAUCUUCGUGGAGCUCGAAGGCGCCUGGCUGCUGACCGUGGCCGCAUCCGAGCAGCAGGUGAGCACCAUGCGGACAGCCCUGGGCAGAGUGCUGACGCCGCUCCCGGCCAAGCAGCGGCGCGCCGUGGAAGAAAGCCUCCGCCCGCUGGAUGAGCUCGAUCGUGACAGGGUCGCUGCGUGGGACACAGUGGUUGACCUGCGGCCGGAAGUGCGCGCUAGCGCGCGCGGCAAAGCGCAUUCGCCCGAAGCCCGUCCGCCUGUCACCCUGAACACCCUGAACGAAUUCAUGGAACAGUUCAUCAACGCGCGUCAAACCCUCGAGCCACGCGGUUCCGCCGCCGCCGAAAUGGGCAGCGAUGCUGUCUUCACGCGACGCGGCCAUUCGCACACCCAUCUGGCGUGCUGGACGCUUCGGGCGCAAACACUGGCAAUGGUCGUUGUGAUCUCGGUGGGAGAACCGCCGGAGCUGACUUACAUCCGCUGCCACCGGGAGGGUCGGCGACACCUGCUGCUGACGCGCCGACUGCGACAGGAAAGUUCACCAGCAUCGCCCGCCACGCUGGCGCAGGUGGCCGAGCUGGCCCCGCGGAUGGCGGUGGAAGGCUCACUGCCCAAGCCCGACGCCAAAAGGAAAUGUUAUUUUUUGCAGCGGUGUGGUGACGCGCUGCAGGCCGUGAGCCCGCAGGCGGAGACGGUAGUAGCGAAGCUGACCGUCCACGAGCGACACUGCGUGAAGAUGAUGAUGGCGCGCUUGUUGGGCGAGGGCCAUGAGCAGCCCGAGGGGUGCUUGAACGAAGCUUGUUCCGGCAAGCCAGCAGUUUGGAUCACGCGCGACUUGACGAUCCCUGGUGAAGUGCCGAUGGCCAUGGCCCGGAGGAUCCGCCCAAGGAUGGUGCCCCGACGCGUCUCGGUGACCUUUCGCAAAGCUCUGUCGGGCGAGCCGGUGACGCACAAGACGAAAAUAAAACCGACGGGCAAAAUCGGAGAUGUGUCGAUGGAGCUUUGCGUAGCAACUGGGCGCGCGUAUCCCGACACGGCGCUGCUGUUCCAGGGGCAGCGUUUGCUGAACAGCGUCACCUUGGCUCGCUGUGGAAUCCAAGGCGGCGCCGUCGAGCUCGCUGCGGUCGCUGUGCAAUCGGAACCUACAGCACAGCUGCAGGACCUCAGUUUCGAAUUAUAUGUCGCUCCCCAUGGGUCCAUUAACAUGAAGGACCGUCCUCCCGAAUACUUUGAUGCCGCGCGCGACGAAUUCCGCAGCUUGUCACCAGUAGAAUGGCUGGCUCCCGCGUUCCACGGCCAUGAGAUCGUCUUCAGGGAGCCACCGAGCAAAUUCCACGAGGGAGAAACGAAGCGAUCCUUCCUUAACAAGCGCGGCUAUUUCACUGUGCACGAAAUGGUGCACCACACCAUCGCUUUCGAAAGCGUGGGGGGUGUUACCUUCGACGUAACAUCGCUCGAGAAGAACACGAACUCGAAGUGCACCUGGCGCUUUGUCAAGAGCGCACGAAGUGCACGGCACUUCGUGCCUCCAUUCAACAAGCGGCUCAGAAGCAGGAGUGAGACCGUCGCAGGGGACGACGCAGCCGGGGCAUUUAAGAAAAACGCUUUGUGUCCAAGCUUGGCCGUUAGACCCGCCGCCACAUCGCGCGCAAAUUCCAUGGCGUUCAUUUUCCAAUUCCCCGCGGACGUUACCGUGCUCGUCAACGAGAUGGAGGGAACGCUCUGUCAGACGCUGGCCGCGCAUGGCGGCACGCCCUCUGCGCGCGCCGUGAAGGCAGGCCUGGCAUUGUUACCGCCGGAGCUGACGGAAGUCGCGGCGCGGGUCGCAGCCCAGCAUGGGUUCCUUGCAUUCACUGCUCAGGAGAAGCGCGACCGCAUGGAUGCCGAGAUGCGCGCCGAGCGGCAGAAAAAGUUUAUCGGUCGCAUCACGGACCACACGACUUCGGAGGCGGACCGCGUGAUUCGCGAGGUGCCCUACGCCGUGCAGCAAUGCAUAGCGGAGGAAUUUGACAAGCGCCUCGGGCGAGCACCUUCUGGUCCGAUGGAGGAGGCGCUUGCUGAGAGAGCGCGAGCCAACAAACGAAUCCGCGAGUUGCGGAAGCAGGUGGGAAGAGACGCCGCUCGUAUCGCGGCUUGCCUUCCCAUCGAUCCUGCGCAAGAGCAGCGGGAGAAGCGUCCCGUUCCCCGCGCGCUGACCACGAUGGGAAGGGCGCGCCGUGUCCGAGAUGAUUUGGACAUAUGGGUUCUCCCGCACUUCGCGCAGCAGGUGCUGGGCUUCGACCCCGCAGCCCUGAUGACCCAGCUCCAGUCGUAUCCGAGAAUCAGAGCUGGACAAAACAUUGCGCCGGGCGCUGCACAGUGGGUCGAAGGUGAAAAUAAAGCGCUCAAUUACCGCGGAGGCCCGGUGCGGCGCAAUAAGAUGUGGUUCCAGCGCGGCGACCCGAAGAGCAUCGGCACGAUAAGGUAUCUGCACACUGGCUGGCAGAAGAACAUCCUGUGCGCCACUGCGGACGUGAGGCUGUGCCCCGAGGUGGCUUUGGUCGCCGAUCGCUAUGAUGCUUGGGCAGAGCGCGAGGGCUACCCCAGCGCAAACCACUACAUCGUCACGGAAUAUGAAGGUGGCGAUCAUUGCAUCGGCUACCACUUCGACAAGGCGCCGUCGAUUCGCCCAGAAUCCCUCAUUACCGCGGUGAAAACCGGCGCGCACGGCCGGCCCUUCCAGCUUCGAGACCGCGUGAUCGUCAGGGGCGAGGGUGGCGAGGACGUCCAUGAUAUGGAAGAGCGGCACAAGCGCGAGCUGCGCGAACACACGGAAGCCUGCACGGCUUCCGACGAGUUCAAGCAAGCACAGAAAACAAAACUUUUGGCUCUGCAGCGGGAACAAGAGAGAGCGCAGGGCAGCAAGGCGCCGUUCUUCGAUGAGGUGCUGUCCCCUGGAACUGCCCUUGUUAUGACUCUGGAAGCAAAUCUGCGCACACAGCAUGGCGUGCCGCAGAUUGGCGACGCUGGCCACAGCGGUAGCAUCGUGUUCCGGACGAUUGAGAUCGUGCCGCCUGGCAGAAGGCAGGUCGAACGCAUGGGAGAGUCCGGGCGAUAA